AUGGCAACGCGAACCGAAGAUCAGCCUCUUAUCACCUCGAUCGCCAAAACACACGGAGUAAAAGGCCCGCAGUGCUUUGCCGAGAACAUAACGACCGUCAUCGCAGGUUACGGAAGACAUCCGUGGUUCUCCCACGAACUAUUUGACGAUUCACUAGAGACUCCGACGUACGUGCCAUCCGAAGACGUCGAGGCUGCGAAGGCGCAACACUACAGGGCAGUACUCUCACCAGCUCCAACGGAUCUAGCUUUCUGGCGCGAUCUCCCAGUACCAAUUGCACUCUCGACUUUCAUCGCUGAGACUAGAGCACGGUUGAUCGAAGACCCGUAUGCCAUGGUCGGAGAGAUUGGUCUUGAUAAACCCUUCCGAUUGCCUAUUCAGUGGACGGAUCCCAGACCAGAGCCUGAUCCUGAUCGGACACCUGGAGGUCGUCAGAGAAGACCACUCAGUCAGCAUCGCAUUAAUAUUGUUCAUCAAAAGACUGUGUUCAUGGCGCAUCUCAGGCUAGCAGGGGAGUUUGGAAGACCCGUUAGUGUUCAUGGCGUGCAAGUCCAUGGGAUUCUUUACAAUGCGUUGACAGAGUCUUGGAAGGGUCAUGAGCUGAAAGGCCGCCGCUCAAGAGACAAAGAGAAGAGGGAGGGACAAGCUGAGCAACGGGCAGGAGACGCUCGACAACCCUACCCUCCACGAAUCUGCCUCCACUCCUUCAGCGGUAAAUCCGACGCUGUCAAACAAUAUCUCAAGCCAUCCAUUCCAGCUAAGAUCUUCUUCUCAUUCUCAAAGACGAAUAAUAUGAGAUCGGAUGAAGAGAGGAAAAAGGCGGAAGAUGCGAUAAGGAUAGUGCCGGAUAAUCGGAUACUGGUCGAGAGCGAUCUCCAUACAGCUGGUGAGAGGAUGGAUAGUGAACUUGAGGAGAUGUACCGGGCCAUUUGUGAAGUUAAGGCAUGGGCUUUGGAAGAAGGUGUUGGGAAGAUUGCGGAGAAUUAUCGGGAGUUUGUAUUCGGUUGA